AUGGGGAUGCCUGUUUCCCCACAAGCUCCGCAGUUCACGUUCACUGGCCCUCCGCCGCCAGUCGCAUACACUUGGCCUCCGGGGAGUGCAAGCGGCGCGCCGCAGCAGCCCAUGUUGCCCCCGAACCUCGCUCUCGCGAAUGCCGAGAUCGCGGCUCUUGUUGAUUUGUAUCAGCAGCAGCUGGCGGAAAUCACUGCGGAGCACAGCCUCCUGCUGGAGGACCAAGCGAAGCUCGCAGCUUUCAUUGCGCCUUAUCUGGACGAGGAGGGGCGAGUCGUGGGGGAAUUCGACGACACUCUUCUGCUGUUCAAGCAAGGGCUCGACUUGCGCCUUCUCGAGUAUGAGGAGGACUGCCGGCGAAUCCAGCAAACGGAGCGCCGUCUUCAGCGCCACAUUGACGACAUCUGUCUUAGCUAUGACUCCAUGGUGAUGGAGGCCCAAGGCUACGCGGAAUCGCGUCUACUGGGCCAAGUUAAAGAGCUUCAGCGAGUGAUUUGGAUCCUUCACAGCGAACUCGAUGAGCUGCGUUUCCAGAGGGACAUCUUCGCCGACGAAACGAAGCGUCUUCGCGGCAUUUGCCGGUUCGGGCACUGGAUUCAAGACGUCUCCGGUUUCCAGGCUCGCGGUCCAAGCGUCUUUGUGACGAGUGGAACCGUGGUUAUGGUCUUGGCGAUCGAGAAGAACCCGUCGCUGACAUGGCACGUCGUCAACACCGGAAGGGGCGGCAUGCAGCAAGGCAUGGUCCGCUGGCCACGGCCGCAUGAAGCCGAUAAACGAGGGUCCAGACGGGCUGCAGGCUUUGACCGCUCUCCGCAUAUGGGGCGAUCCGCGAAGAGCCGGGACGAGGAGGCAGGCGAGAGGGAAGGUCGGUCCUGGCAGCAGCCCUGGAAGGAAGCGCGCGACAGUGAAGAGGAAGAGGGGCGCCGUCGAGGCUCAAAAGCGAAGAAGAGAGAGGAGCAACCUUCGUUGUUCCAGGGAGUUCUGUCGAAGCUGAUGUGGACUGCAGAGGGCAAAGACCAACUCGACAAGGACGGUGUUCCGCGAAUUCCGGGGAAAGAGGUGCCCGGCGGGGAACGCGCCGGCGUCAUCUUUCCGCAAAGCCGAGGUGAAGAGGGAAGGAGGAAAUCGACUCACAAUGGGCAACGGCUACAUUUUGUUUCCGCGACCGCGGCCGUAGACGGGUCACCGCGCCGGACCGGCCCGCCACGCGUGAUUGAGUUCAAAAGCGGAAGAGAAGGAGCAUCGCGGAAAACGAGGGCAAGCGGCAGGAGAUCGGACAGCGAAGAAGAAGAGGAUGAGCGCCGACCGGCAGGCCGACGCGUUGCGGAUCUUCCUCGCCGACGGGAAGGGAGAGAGCGGGACGAAGUCAGGGAGGCGAGGGAGAGAAGGCCUCGCGUGCGCCGGGGAGACAAGGUCGAAGAUGAAGGCGUCCGGACACGGCCGGAAUUGCCGAGAGAUCGGCGCGCCUCUGCAGGCGCUGUUGCGGCGGCGAAGGACAAAGAAAACCGUCGCGCGAACGGGGAAGUGGCAGGUGCGCCGGCGACUAUGGAGAGGAAGAGGGUGUCAGACUACCGACGAGCAAGCGGGAAAGCGGGGCUCGCCUCGCCUCGUCGAGUCAGGAGUGACAACGGAUUCGACCUGGGUGACGGGGAGAGGCCAGCGCGUUUCGCGGAAGCGAGACGAAAAACGGAGGAGGCGAGGGGGCGCCCUGACUUCGCGAGUGGCGGUUUACGAGACUGGCGAAAAGAAAAGCAGGAAGUGCGCCGAGAAGACGUGGAAGCCUCGUCAGGGGGGGAGCAGAGUGAUGUCUCGCCUCGAGAAGCGGAGGACUCUGCGUGGAAACGCGCCGACUCUGUUGUUGAUACAGAGGCAGACGCGUCGGAGGCGCCCUCGGCUCGGGACGGCGCCGAAAGCGAACUGUCGGAGAGGGAAUUCAAGGACGAGGAUUGGGGAGAGGAAGAACGCGCCAAAGAAGAAAGUGUGCUCGAAUCCGAAAGCGAUUCGAGCCCUCCCGCUCGAGGUCGAGAUAGAGCGGCGGGCUUCGAAAGGAGAGAACCUGGGUCGCCAGCUCCGCCACCGAUCUCCCCUUACUAUUAUGAAAGGGACAACGGGAGAGGCACGCGGCCUCGGAGGUUUGCGUCGAGGACUGUGGCCAGCCCGCUUGUUCAGUCGGUCGCGCCAAGCCCGCAAUUGUCGCCACGAGUCCCGCUAAGCCGCCUGGAGUCUGGCGCGUUCCUCGGCACUGUGGAGUCGCCCCUGCCGAGCGCUCGAGGGCCCGCGGGCCGCCGAGCAUCUGAGAGGCGCUCCAACGGCAGGGGCCGAGCGUCUGCCUUCGCGCCUGAGAAACUCGGGAAGGUGGGACGGUCGCCGAGCCGGACUCUCGCGUCUCCGCUGGCAUCCGCGAGGAGUGCAGCAGGAGGUCCGGGGAUGUUCGGACCGAGACGGAUGCUGUCUGUCGCUUCACGGGGAACCUGGGAAGAGGACGAAAGUGCAUGGGAUAGCUCAGGAAGCCGGACGUUUGGCGGGGACGGCGAUUAUAGUUCAAGACGACGCGUGUCACCACUUGACCUCUCCAACGUUCGGCGCUGA